AUGCUCGGCCAGUCACAACGACCUGCGGUCCGCGCCAUCGGUCGCGUUCGCUGCCAGGUGAAGCCUCGCGCCCCUCGCUCUUCGCGAUUCCAGUCCACCUCCUCGGGGCCCUCGUCCGGCGCCUCAAGCAAUGCAGGCUCCCACCCAGCCCUUGUCGGGGGUCUCGCCGGUGGUAUCACCGCCGCCGCAGUUGGAUACGGCAUCUACUCCUACUCUGGUGCCAAAUCCUUCGUCGACACCAACAAGCAGGCCAAACAAUACCUUGAACAAGCCAAGCAAAAGAUCGCCGAAGCCGCUCCCGAGCCCAAUGAGUCCUACGCCUGGUUCAAGAAGACCGUCAAGCGGUACUCCAUGUUCAUUCCCGGGGCGCGCGAAUACAUCGACACCGCAUUCCGCGAUCUGGACCAGAUCCGCGAGAAGCACGGUGACGAAUUUGAAAAGAUCAUCCAGGAUGCCUACAAGGAGUUGAGCGACGUGUCGAGCAAGGGCUCUUUCGAUUCAGACACUGCCUUUUCGGCCUUCCACGUGCUGCAGAAGCACCUGGAUCGUCUGCUGGAUCUGGCAGGUGAUGUGGGUGACCAGCUCUUGGACAACCACCCCAAGGUGAAGGAGAAGAUCGGUGGAAGCUACGAGCAAUUGAAGGAGAUGGGAGAGGCAUAUGGACCCCAGGCCAAGGAGGAAGUGAACAAGACCUGGAACCAAAUCACCGAGGUGAUCAAGCGGGGCGCCAGCGUCGACGCGGUCGCCGAGAUUAAGAAAUUGAUCGAUGAGAAGAAGCAGAAGUUGCAGAAGCUCGGUGAAGAGGCGUGGCAAAAGGGUCUCGAUGAGUCGCGCCAGCAGCUCGAGAAGAACCCCAAAUUGAAGUCGCUGGUCGAGGAGAACGCGGAUGCGUUGAAACAGGGCAACUUCCAAGACCUGUGGAAGAUGAUCAAGGAGAGCGCCUCCUCUGGCAAUACCGAGAAGGUCGAAAAGUUUGUCAAGGAAAAGGUCGACCAAGCCAAGAGCCGCGGGUUUGGUGAUAUGGACCAGUGGUUGAAGGCCAUUCCCGGCGGUUCGAACAUCAUUCCUCAAUUGCAAUCUCUACAGCAGGUUGCCCAGAAGAAGGGUGGAGAGGCUGAGAAGAUCCUCAAGGAGACCUUUGAGGAAAUGCAGGACGUUCUGAAGAAGCGAAAGGAGCAGGUCGAGAAGGUUGCGGAGGAGGCCAAGGAGGAGUCCAAGUAG